UCGCCUCGCAAAAUUGCAGCCAUUAGCACUUUCCCCACUCUCCCUCAACUCCCCCGACCGUCACUCUACCCUCGCUCAUUUCCACAGUUAGGGCAACAUCCCUCUCUCUAUCACUUAACUCCAUUGCUAAAAAAACCCAUCUCUCUCUCUCUCCGUUUCGCGAUGGUCGGAGAGGGAGUCAAGAGUCUGCAGAAGGGGACCAUGGCCACUGAUUACCGAGGCCUCUUCACAGUGAUGAAGGCUCGGCGAACGAAGCUCUUCACUUACGGCUUCAUGAUGGCCUUUGUCGGCUGCACGGCCUACCUCGCCUUCAAUCCGUCCGGGAAUGGCUCCCCUUGGUUCAACUCUCUUUUCACCACCUCUUCAUUUUCUUCUUCCAUCAAUCCCUACCGUUCUUCCUUCAACAGUUUCAUCUCCCACAUUUUCCCAAAUUCCACUAUUUCGUCGACAGAGAACAAGCCUUUUGAUGCUCGAGAAUUUGGAUCGCAAAAAGGUGGCGCUUUUCCGAGUGUAGCACCGACAAAUGCUAGCUCUGUAAAUGGGGUGAAAGUGAACGGUGAUGUGCGUCAAAAUCUGACAGAAGGGAUGCCUGGCUUGAAGAGAGAUGGAAGAUUUGAGAAGGAAUCGACUUCUGAUGGAGUUUGGUCACUAAAUCGAACUGCAGGAGGGUCUAGUUUGGAGAAAGAUGACGUUUUGGCAGGGAAGAACCAAACUGGAGUACAAGUUUCAGGGAAUAACUUGGCUGGAGGUGGACUGGGAUCUGAAAAAGGAGGAGCCACUGAGUUAAACAGCACGGGAAAGGUAGCAGCUUCCAAAAAUAAUGGAGUUUCUGCUAAUUUCCCGAAGGAAUCGAAGUCUGGUUCCCAGGGAAAUGCUGCUCAACCUAAAAACUCAUCCUCAACACUAGUCGGAACUCAACCUACGAAUCUGAAGACAUCUUCUUCCCCUGCUAAAUCUAAAAAUCAAACAAUUGCAGUUGUCGGAGUUCAACCAAAUAAUCACACACCAACAUUGACUGGAAAUCCAGUGAGUUUAAAGACGAAGGACGCUCCUGCUAGUUCUAACAUCUCAGCAUCGUUCAGGAAAGGAAGUGCAUCUGCUGCGCAAACUACUAAGGAUUCUCCCAAGAAGACGGAGGAAUGGAUCAAAGGCAUGGUGGGUUGUGAUAUAUUUCAUGGGAAGUGGGUUAAAGAAGAUUCAUAUCCGCUCUAUGCUGAAGGAUCUUGUCCUCAUAUUGAUGAGCCAUUCGAUUGCUUUCAUAAUGGUCGGCCGGAUCGAGCUUACCAGAAGCUCAGAUGGCAACCUGAUGGCUGCAACGUCCCAAGAUUUAAUGCACUAGAUUUGUUGGAGAGACUGAGAGGGAAGCGCCUAGUUUUUGUAGGCGAUUCACUCAACAGGAACAUGUGGGAGUCUCUUGUAUGCGUCCUGAAGAACUCUGUAAAGGACAAGAAGAAAGUUUUUGAGGCCUCAGGCCGCCAUGAAUUCAGGACAGUGGGUUCCUACUCUUUCUUGUUCAAGGAUUAUAACUGCACUGUAGAGUUCUUCCGGUCCCCUUUCCUGGUUCAGGAAUGGGAGAUGCCUGAUUCCCAUGGCAAGAAGAAGGAAACUCUUAGGCUUGAUAUAAUUGAGAGGUCUUCCUCCAGAUAUAUGGAUGCCAAUAUCAUAGUCUUCAAUACUGGGCAUUGGUGGACUCAUGAGAAGACAGCCAAAGGGAGAGACUACUAUCAAGAAGGUAACCGUGUUUACAGUGAACUAAAUGUAGUAGAAGCAUUCCAUAAAGCACUCCACACUUGGGCCAAAUGGGUGGAUGCCAAUAUUAAUCCUAAGAAGACCCUCAUCUUCUUCAGGGGUUACUCUGCCUCCCAUUUCAGAGGAGGGCAGUGGAAUUCCGGUGGAGCUUGUGAUACAGAAACUGAACCCAUCAUAAAUGAGAAAUUUUUAUCACCUUAUCCUCCAAAAAUGAGAGUUUUGGAGACGGUACUAAAUGACAUGAAGACUCCAGUCUCCUAUCUGAACAUUACAAGGAUGACUGAUUUCAGGAAGGAUGCUCAUCCUUCAAUAUAUCGAAAGCAGAACUUAACGGAAGAAGAAAGGAGAGCUCCUGAGAGGUUUCAGGACUGUAGCCAUUGGUGCCUGCCUGGAGUGCCUGACUCCUGGAAUGAGCUUCUUUAUGCGCAGAUACUUAUUAAACAGCACCAGACACCGAAUUGGUGAACAAUAAAAAGGAGCCGCAGGUGGGCAAUAUAUGAAUACUGUUGCUGCUCUGUAUAUUAAUUCUUUUCUUCUUCACAAAAAUAAUGGUGAACCGGAUAAUUUACUUUGUUAAUAAAAGUGGAAAAAAGGUUAUGCUGAA